AUGGCAACGGAGGAUAAAAGGAAAUCGGUGCCGCAGGCUGUAUCAACACCUCAGGGCUACAAUAACAAUAAUAACAACAACAAUAACAAUAAAGACAGCGAGGUAAGCGAGAAUAAGACCACAGCAACCUCGAGCGGUACCGAAUCAAGUGGGACGGAAACGCACAGCAUCGGGAACGGUUGUGGAGUCAAUCCAACAGUGGGAAAUAACGGGAAAUGGGUCCGUUUGAACGUCGGCGGUACGGUAUUCCUCACAACGCGGCAUACCCUACUUAAAGAACAGACUUCCUUUCUCUAUCGGCUCUGUCAACAACAGGACUUGCAUUCGGACACGGUAAGGAGAGAAUUGAUCAAGCGCUUGUCUUCGCUUCGAUCAAGAGAUCCGAAUCUGAUAAGGCAAGACAGGCACUGUAGGUUGUCAAUCUGUAGGUUGUGACUGAUCUGUUCAUGAAAUACCGUACAUCACUAAUGCAGUAGGGCUAUAUAAUAUGAUUAAUUUCAGAGUGACUGUCUGUCUUUCUGUCUGUUUGUAGCCUAUGAUUACAGAUGGUCUCGUCCCUUGGCCACAUGCAUAGCCCAGUGUUGUACUGUCAAUUCACUGGCUCCUGCACCACUGGCCACAAUUAAUAGAUGAGGCGCAUCAUCUUUGUGUGUGACCUUCAUUCAUCUAACUUGAUCACUAAUAAUCAGAAUAAUUUGAGUGCUCUUCUUGACCAUUGAUGACGUGAUAAAUCCUACCCUGCUCUCCUCCACAUCUAGAUCUGAUUAGUUUAUUUCAGAGAUAAGAUCACAAACAUUAGGCUGGGUAUCAGUCAAGCAAGACCUGAUGAGACGUUUGAUAUGUGCCCUAACCUACCGCGCAAAAACACCAUGGAGUUAUUUUCCCUGGUUGACACAGACAUGCUCAGGAAAGUGAUAUCACAAUUUAAGCCUUCUAACUGCCUUCUCGAUCCUAUCCCCACCACCUUCUUCAAAACAGUGCAAGUUAUUGUUAAUCACUCCCUGUUCACAGGCACUUUCCCCAAUGCACUAAAAACUGCUAUGGUGAAACACCUUCUGAAGAAAAGUAAUCUAGAUUCUUCAGCUAUUAGCAAUUUUCAGCCAAUCUCCAACCUUCCAUUCUUAAGCAAAAUUCUGGAGAAAUUGGUUUUCAUACAGCUAAAUGAUUUUUUUAAAGUGCCAACUGUAUUUGAGAAAAAUUCCAAUCUGGUUUUCGUGCCUAUCACAGCACAGGGACAGCCUUAGUUAAAGUGGUAAAUUAUCUUAGAGCCAACACAGAUGCCAAACAGCUCUCUGUCCUUGUACUCUUGGAUUUAAGUGCUGCAUUCGACACUGUUGACCAUGAUGUCCUUCUGGAGAGGUGGGUUGGUUGGUUUAGGACCUAGUUAACUGGUCGAGAGUUUUGUCACCCUUGGUGAACAUAACUCAGAGAAAAUAGAUAUUACAUGUGGCGUUCCACCAGGUUCCAUUUUGGGUCCGGUUAAGUUUCAGUUUAUGUAUGUUACCCCUUGGUAGCGUUAUCAGAAAGCAUGGCAUUGAUUUACACUACUAUGCAGAUGAUAGACACCUUUACAUUUCUGUGUCACCAGAGGAUUUUAGCGACACAGAUAAAUUAUUAGACUGUAUUAGUGAUUUAAAUACUUGGAUGGCUCACAAUUUCCUCCAGCCAAACCAAGACAAGACCGAGGUAUUUAUUGUUGGAGCCAAAGCACAGAGAGAUAAUCUGGCCGCACAUUUUAAUUCAUGGGUAAUAAAGAUAAAACACCAGGUAAAAAACCUAGGUGUCAUUUUAGAUUCUGACCAAAAUAGCUUUUUACCACCAGAGGAACAUUGCCAAGGUGAAGCUGUUUCUAUCUCAGGCUGAUACAAAGAGACUCAUCCAUGCUUUUAUUACAAGCAGGCUUGACUACUGUAAUGCUCUACUGUCUGGUCUACCCAAGAAAGCCAUUGGUCAACUGCAAAACAUACAGAAUGCUGCAGCAGGGGUACUGACCAAGACCAGGCAGAGAGCACACAUAUUUUAAGAUUCUUCUAUUGGUUUUUAAAUCAAUCGACUAUUGUGCACCCCAAUACAUGUCAGACAUGCUUUUGAGUUAUGUACCCAGUAGGUCCCUCAGGUCCCCUGGCACUGGCCUUUUAACUAUCCCAAAGCCUUGGACCAAGAGGCAUGGAGAGGUAGCCUUUAGUUACUAUGCCCCCAGCCUCUGGAAUAGCCUGCCAGAGAACCUGAGGGGGGCCGAAACCGUGGAAAUAUUUAAAAGAGAUCUUAAAACAGACCUUUUUUGCUUUGCUUAUCCUUAGGGUGCUUUAUUAGUCUUUCAGUUAUUAAUGUUAUACUUUUCUUUUUUUAUCCUCUUGUAUUUGUGUAGUAAAUAUUUCUGUUUUAUUUUCAUUGUUUUUAUUUAUAUGAUUUCCUGUGAAGCGCAUUGCGUUGCAUCCAUGUCUGAAAUGUGCUAUAGAAAUAAAGCUUGAUUUGAUUAGUGCACUAGUGUCCAUGAGUGUGUGUGUGUGUGUGUCUCUCUCUCUCUCUGGUUUCAGUUAUUGUUUUCUCCCUAGAAUAAGUCAAAUGAUUGUAUGUGUGUCUGUCUCUUUGUUGAGACAAACAACACCCCUGUUUUCCUAACAGGUAUUUCCUGUGGGACCCAGUGAGGCCCCCAUAGGACCUGGCACUAGGCUAGCACACUGUGUAGUUCCUUGGGUAAACGCCGGGUAAACCAUUAACACACCAGAUGAGGGUUUACUUUUCCGUGACGGCUGUUUAAUGGGCUGAUCGGCGGCGGUGUGGCUGAACAGACAGGCCAGGAUGACAGGAAAUACAGAGAGAAAGUAGCUCAUUUUUAAUCUUCACCCUCGCUGUGUGCGUGUGCGUGUAUCAUUCAUAGCGAGGGUACUGAGAUAUUCUGGUGUCGUCAAGUCACGUCCAAUAAGGAGGUGUCUGUCUGUCCUCAACUGCAGUUGCUCUGGGUUGUCUCUCUCUCUCUGCCCCUGUCUAGCCCCCUUUCCCCCAGCACCUCUCCGCCGUCUAGCCCUUCCCCACCCUCUACCUCUUGCCCUUCUAGCCCCCUUUCCCCAAGCACCUCUACCUUUGCCCCUGUCUAGCCCCCUUUCCCCCAGCACCUCUACCUCUGCCCCUGUCUAGCCUCCUUUCCCCCAGCACCUCUACCUUUGCCCCUGUCUAGCCCCCUUUCCCACGCCUCUACCUUUGCCCUCUAGCCUCUUUCUCCCCCCACCGUUACCUCUGCCCCUGUCUAGCCCCUCCCUUUCCCCCAGCACCUCUACCUCCUUCUAGCUCCCCCACCCUCUUACCUCUGCCCCUGUCUGCCCCCUUUUUCCUCCUCCUUUCCCCAGCACCUUACCCGCCCUGUCUAGACACACUCUACCUCGCCCUUUAUCUCCCUCCCCUUCUCCUUCUCUCUCCAGUGUCUGCCAGCUCUCGACUCCAAUCGAUCCUCCUUUUAUCUGCAUGGCUCCCAAGUCUCAUGUUCAUUCAGCUGAGUGCCUCACAUACCCUCCAUCCCUCCGCCCAUCUCACUCCCUCUCCCUCUCUCGCUCUCACUCUCUGAUCUGCAGGCUCUCAUUCCUUUAGUGAGGUUGGACACUGAUGUUGGGCGAUUAGGCCUGGCUCGCAGUCGGCGUUCCAAUUAAUCGCACAGAAUCGUCUAGAAUGUCAUUGUAUGCUGUGACAUUAAGAUUUCCCUUCACUGGAACUAAGGGAUCAAGCUCGAACCAUGAAAAACAGCCCCAGACCAUUAUUCCUCCUCCACCAAACUUUACAGUUGGCACUAUGCAUUGGGGCAGGUACCCUUCUUCUGGCAUCCGCCAAACCCAGAUUUGUCCGUUGGACUGCCAGAUGGUGAAGUGUGAUUCAUCACUCCAGAGAACGCGUUUCCACUGCUCCAGAGUCCAAUGGCAGCGAGCUUUACACCACUCCAGCCAACGCUUGGCAUUGCGUAUGGUGAUCUUAUGCUUGUGUGCGGCUGCUCAGCCAUAGAAACACAUUUCAUGAAGCUCCAGACGAACAGUUCUUGUGCUGACGUUGCUUCCAGAGGCAGUUUGGAACUCGGUAGUGAGUGUUGCAACCGAAGACAGAGACGAUUUCUACGCGCUUCAGCAAUCGCCGGUCCCAUUCUGUGAGCUUGUGUGGCCUACCACUUCGUGGCUGAGCCGUUGUUGCUCCUAGACAUUUCCACUUCACAAUAACAGCACUUACAGUUGACUGGGGCAGCUCUAGCAGAGCAGAAAUUUGACUGACUUGUUGGAAAGGUGGCAUCCUAUGACGGUGCCACGUUGAAAGUCACUGAGCUCUUCAUUAAGGCCAUUCUACUGCCAAUGUUUGUCUAUGGAGAUUGCAUGGCUGUGUGCUCGAUUUUAUACACCGGUCAUCGACGGGUGAUGCUGAAAUAGAAUCCACUAAUUUGAAGGGGUGUCCACAUACUUUUGUGUGUAUAUAGUGUAGUUCUCUCUUUCUGCUUUUCUGCUAGCUCGCUCCACUCUGUUCGUGUUCCUGAAUCCCUCUCUCCCAUUCUCCUCUUUCUGAACUCCUUGGCCUCUCUCUCAUCGCUCUCUACCUCCCUCUCUCUUUAUAGUGUCUCUGUGUUUGAGGAUGGGUGCCUGGGGCUGGUUGAGUAAUCGGCAGGCAGGGAGCUCUCUAUGGGGGAUGCUGUAAAGGCACUGGCAGGCCUUCAGCCAAGAAAGGGCCAAGCCAUGUGAAUGUAACAGGCUCUCUCUCCAACGCUCUCUCUCUCCCUUCUCUCCAUAUCUCUGUGCAUCUCUAUCCUCAUUCUUAGUCCUUCUCUCUCUAUCUCUCUCGACUCCCCCCAUCCCUAGGCUGUAAUAGAGACUCUAUCACUCUAAUUUCAUCCUUCUCGACACGAGGACUUUUGCUGUUAGUGUAUAACAGGUAAUCGCAAGGGGGUUUCCAAUCCUACAUAUUUACCAAAACCCAAUAGACUAGAAUAGCGCAAUAGAAUAUCACUUAAUAUUGAUCUCCUAUUCAUACUAGUAAUUCCUAUGGUUCUCUCCUCCACUGUAGGACGAGACAGGGGCCUAUGUGAUAGACAGAGACCCCACCUACUUUGGCCCCAUCCUCAACUACCUGCGACAUGGCAAACUAGUCUACAACAAGGAGUUGGCUGAAGAAGGUACUGGAUUAGGUUUGGUAUUUUUACAUUGUAAGACUAGUAAUAAGCAUGCAGCAGUGGUGUGUGGGUAAAAUCACAGGGGAAGCCAGAAAAAAAGCCAUACUACAACCUAUGUGUUGUGAUAAUUGCGUUGUUUUCUCUAUAACCUGUUAGUUCAUAUGCCUUGACACCAUGAUGUAUAGACCUAAAGACCGAGACAAUAAGAAGACACAGUGGCAGAAAAAAUUCAACCACACCUUUGUUUCAUCACUAAACCGGAGAGCAACAUCUGUCCGGUGGAGUCCACAAAGCAUAUUGCAUGUAACAAACAGUUACAUGACCUACAGCAUGGUCAAGCAAGUUAACGUUGCCGACAUUUUUGGACCACUAAACAACUAUUGAUUUAGAAUUACGUGAGUUACCCAAGUCGCAAAGAAAACAGGAGCUGCCUUCACUAUUCCAGUGACAACUAAAAGAUACCAAAAAUGAUUUAGUCCAAUCAACGUAAGCUAAAUAUGAUUUGGCUGUCCAUGGUUCUGAUUUCUCUGUGUGUGUGUGUGUUUCUCUCCCAGGUGUGUUGGAGGAGGCUGAGUUCUACAACAUCACUCCUCUGAUCAAACUGAUCAAGGAGAGGAUCCUGGAGCGGGACUGUAAAGUCACACAGGUCACACACACAGACACACACAGGUCACACACACACACACAGGUCACACACACACAGACACACACAGGUCACACACACACACACACACACACAGACACACACAGGUCACACACACACUGUACAUAAGCGACCGAGAUAUACACAAAUACAAAAUGGCUACAGGUUAAAACAACAGACUAGCACCCAGUGCUUUGUGCAGAAAGUUCUGCCAUGUUUCCUUCUGUAUUUUCUAGUAUAUUUCACCCAUCCCCCCUGGUUGUAAAGGCCUCCUAAACAUGUGUACCGGGUGUUGCAGUGUUUACAUAUCUCUCUCUCUCUUCUCUCUCUCCGCCUAUCAGCAGGUGCCUCCUAAACAUGUGUACCGGGUGUUGCAGUGCCAGGAGGAGGAGCUGACUCAAAUGGUUUCCACCAUGUCGGACGGCUGGAAGUUUGAGCAGGUCAGCGUACGCGCCUGCAGAAAGCCCCGCACUGGACUGCUCUGGACUGUGGGUUGGACUCGUGCUGCUCUGCUCUACCACCCUCCCAACCAAUCAACCCCUUUCCUGCUCUCUGUUAGCCAAUCAGAGUCUCAGAGGCAGACCAAUCAGAGACCAAGGCCCAGUCCCAAUCUGCUCACAAAGAUGGCCUCCUUUUCACAUUUCCUUCCCCUCAGAAGAAGACUGAUCUGAACAAACACAGACCAGUGAUCAUAACGGGAAGGAGAUGCAAAAAGGAAGCGGCGCUAAGGAAGUUCCAAUAGAACCUACCAUAUGUUGGCACGCACAUCACCAGUUUAGUAAAGAGUAUUGAGUAAUGCUAAACAUUGCCGUCACUGCAACAGGGUGUACAGUUCAGUCUCACUGCCCACUGUUGUAUUGCUGCUAGGCUGUCCUUCCACCGUUCCUGCUCUCUGCAUGAGCAUCCAUGGCCUGACCUGCUGUGAUACGGGGCCACCUCUUUCUCUCUCACCCUCCUUCUCUCUCUCUCUCUCUCUCUCUCUCUCUCUCUCUCUCUCUCUCUCUCUCUCUCUCUCUCUCUCUGUCUCUGUCUCUGUCUCUGUCUCUCUCUGUGUGUCUCUCUCUGUGUGUGUGUCUCUCUCUGUGUCUCUCUCUCUCUCUCUGUGUCUCUCUCUCUGUGGUAGAUGGUGAACAUUGGUUCGUCGUACAGCUAUGGGACAGAGGACCAGGCAGAGUUUCUGUGUGUGGUGUCCAAGGAGCUACACACACCUGGCUCAGGCCUGGGCACCGAACAGAGCCACAAGACCAAGGUGAGACUGACACACAGGAAACACACACACACAGGUACACAUGCAGAUGCGUCAGAUGGAUAUACUCCUAAAUCGUACAUCAUUCACCAUUCACUUAUCACCAUCAUUCACUUAUCACCACCAUUCACUUAUCACCACCAUUGAUUUCCACACAGGUCUGAAGUAGCAGGAUACGGAUCUGUCACUGUGUGACAUUUCUCCUUAUCCAAGAUGAUCUCAGCAGCAUUCUCCACUCAAACCCUCCAAAUGUCACACACAUCUCCCAAAUGUCAUUCAAAAGCACAUUCACUCCAUCAUCCAUCUGUUCUCGCUCUCUCUUUGUGAUACUCAUCAAUCUGUUCAUUAUUUUUUUGUCGUUUUUUAUUCUCCGCCCUUUUAAUCGAGGGAAGGCUUCAGAGGUGCAGGAUGAGGAGGAGGGAGGAGAGAGAAAUACCACCCCGAAUGAGUGCAAAGGGGAAUGACAGUCUUGUGUCAGUGUUCCAAAGACGUGAAUGGGUGAGGAUCCAUGCUAGUGUUGUUGGCUGGUGGUGGAUAGUAGCAGCAGUAGCCCAUGUGAUCAAAAGGGAUCCAGAGCUAUUUCACAGGCAUUUCCUUGCCCCAAACUCAAUACAGUAAUCAAAGGCCAAGGAUAGACUGUAACCUUUUUAAAAGUGUUUUAGAUUUUUACAAUAUGUAGAGAAAAAAGUAGGCCUUGAACUUUUGCUCCCGUUGUAAAAAGUUGGCUUCUAUUUGUUUGAAAUACUAAUUAGGGCCUUUGUGUCCUGCCUGGGACAUGAUCUGAUCAGCGGCAUAACCCAGCUGUUCUGAUGAUGAGCUAGUCUCCCUAGGCAGAUUAACAAUGCCCUCACACAUUAACGAUGCCCUAGAUGCCUCACACAUUAACAAUGCCCUAGAUGCCUCUCACAUUAACAAUUCCCUAGAUGCCUCUCACAUUAACAAUGCCCUAGAUGCCUCUCACAUGAACAAUGCCCUAGAUGCCUCUCACAUUAACAAUGCCCUAGAUGCCUCUCACAUUAACAAUGCCCUAGAUGCCUCUCACAUUAACAAUGCCCUAGAUGCCUCUCACAUUAACAAUGCCUAAUGCCUCUCACAUUAAAUGCCUCUCACAUUAACAAUGCCCUAGAUGCCUCUCACAUGAACAAUGCCCUAGAUGCCUCUCACAUGAACAAUGCCCUAGAUGCCUCUCACAUGAACAAUGCCCUAGAUGCCUCUCACAUGAACAAUGCCCUAGAUGCCUCUCACAUGAACAAUGCCCUAGAUGCCUCUCACAUGACAAUGCCCUAGAUGCCUCUCACAUGAACAAUGCCCUAGAUGCCUCUCACAUGAACAAUGCCCUAGAUGCCCUCACAUGAACAAUGCCCUAGAUGCCUCUCCACAUAACAAUGCCCUAGAUGCCUCUCACAUUAACAAUGCCCUAGAUGUCCUCUCACAUUAACAUGCCCUAGAUGCUCUCACAUUAACAAUGCCCUAGAUGCCUCUCACAUUAACAAUGCCCUAAUGCCUCUCACAUUAACCAUGCCCUAGAUGCCUCUCAACAUUAACAAUUGCCCUAGAUGCCUCUCACAUUAACAAUGCCCUAGAUGCCCUCUCACAUGUAACAAUGCCCUAGAUGCCUCUCACAUUAACAAUGCCCUAGAUGCCUCUCACAUUAACAAUGCCCUAGAUGCCUCUCACAUUAACAAUGCCCUAGAUGCCUCUCACAUUAACAAUGCCCUAGAUGCCUCUCACAUUAACAAUGCCCUAGAUGCCUCUCACAUUAACAAUGCCCUAGAUGCCUCUCACAUGAACAAUGCCCUAGAUGCCUCUCACAUUAACAAUGCCCUAGAUGCCUCUCACAUGAACAAUGCCCUAGAUGCCUCUCACAUGAACAAUGCCCUAGAUGCCUCUCACAUGAACAAUGCCCUAGAUGCCUCUCACAUGAACAAUGCCCUAGAUGCCUCUCACAUUAACAAUGCCCUAGAUGCCUCUCACAUUAACAAUGCCCUAGAUGCCUCUCACAUUAACAAUGCCCUAUAUGCCUCUCACAUUAACAAUGCCCUAGAUGCCUCUCACAUGAACAAUGCCCUAGAUGCCUCUCACAUGAACAAUGCCCUAGAUGCCUCUCACAUGAACAAUGCCCUAGAUGCCUCUCACAUGAACAAUGCCCUAGAUGCCUCUCACAUGAACAAUGCCCUAGAUGCCUCUCACAUGAACAAUGCCCUAGAUGCCUCUCACAUGAACAAUGCCCUAGAUGCCUCUCACAUUAACAAUGCCCUAGAUGCCUCUCACAUGAACAAUGCCCUAGAUGCCUCUCACAUUAACAAUGCCCUAGAUGCCUCUCACAUGAACAAUGCCCUAGAUGCCUCUCACAUUAACAAUGCCCUAGAUGCCUCUCACAUGAACAAUGCCCUAGAUGCCUCUCACAUUAACAAUGCCCUAGAUGCCUCUCACAUUAACAAUGCCCUAGAUGCCUCUCACAUUAACAAUGCCCUAGAUGCCUCUCACAUUAACAAUGCCCUAGAUGCCUCUCACAUUAACAAUGCCCUAGAUGCCUCUCACAUUAACAAUGCUCUAGAUCUGGGAUUUCCAAGACUAAUAAUGAGCUGACGCUGCUGUGCUGCCACUGAUCCAAACCCUCUCCUAAAGGUCUCUCAUUACCAAUGCAAUGACAUGGAAUAGCCCUGACAUUUUGUGGAAUAGUGGUAUUAGUGUAUUUUACAGUUCACACGCACAAAGACACACACACACACACACAGACACAAACACACACACAAACCAUCUUACUUGUACAAGUGUAAAGGGGACAUAGUUUGGCAGAACUGCACAAAGUGGAGCUGCAGCGUUUUAUGUUUAUCCAAACACCAAUUAAUCAAGCUUAUGUUGUUGUUUUCCAUCCACAACAAAGGGACACACUAUUAUUGUCACCAUUGUCACCAUCAAACAUAAACAACAUUACAUUUCUGUCUUUAGAUUGUUUCCCAUGUCGUCCAAUCAAAGCUGAUCCACAGUUUGAAAUGUUUCUCAGUUGUAAAAUAUUGUGAAGGGUUACAUGAACAUGAGAAUCUGUCUUUAAAGAGGGUCUCUCCUGUCUCUGCUUGUCUUCCAGCUUUUUCACAGCCAUGGAUCCCGGAUGUACUAGAGAGAAAUGUAUUUUUCUAGCUUGACAUUCCAUUAUGUGUUUAUUUAUAUAUGUUGUAUUAUUGUUGUUGCUUUGGGGGGAAAAAAGACCAAUAAAUGCUCAAACAUUGUUUUCAAAUAUUAUUGAAACAUUAGCAGAAAUGUCCCUCACCAGCAGCGAAACAGCAACAUUUCAAAGUGUGAGAGACGGAUAUGUUAGUAAAAGCAUUUUGUAUUAUUAUCUAUCAUUUAAAAUGUAUUUUAGUUCUAAUCACCACUUAAGUCAUGGCAGUUAGGGAAUCUUAGUAAAAUACAUUUGUACAAAAAAAUUGAUGAAAAGCACUUCAAAUCAAUGUGCUCAUCCAACUAUGAAAAAUGAAAUUCACACUAAAUAUGUGAUUCGUAAGUUGUUGUUUAGACUGGUUCUGACUGGUCUGAUGCUUGAUACCAUAGUGAGACAUGGGCCUGUGGUGUGUCUCUGACAUUCUGUGAGACUCAUACAGAAAGACAGACAGACAUGAACUAACCGGCCACAGUCAGCAACACUCACUAACUCGCACACGCACACUCACACUCACACUCACACUCACACU